AAAAGAGAAAAAAGAAAAACCCUACGCGGGUUCUGCUUCUUCCACUUAUCAUCGACCCCUCCUCUCUUCCUGCUCGGUUUUUCUCCUCCGUCGGCGAUCGCAGCAAACCCACGAGCAGCGGUGACAGCCACGUAAACCGGCAGGUCUUCGUCGCGCACUACACCCACGUGUUUUCUUAUCUCUCCGCUUCUCUUCGUCACUCUCAACAUCUUCCCUUACUGCCCAGUCUUCCAGCGCAGCCACCGUUCUCUUCGCUCAUCAGCAAACCGACACCUUUGUGUACCUCGCCGGAAACGUCUCCGUGAGCCACCACUCUUCGCGAGAUUCUUGGUUGUGUUUAGGAUUUUUUUACUUAAUGGUUUUUCGGAAGUUUCUAAGGUGAUCUAUUUAAAGAUUCUUUUGGCGAGUUUUGAGUUUUGAUAUACAGUAACACCUCUGAUGGAAGCAGCAGGCAUGCCUGCUGUGGAAGAGAAGGUAGAUGAAGUCGAACCUUCAAUAAUGAAUAACGAUGAAUCGGUGGAAGAAGAUGAAGGAGAGGAGGACCUUUCAUGGUCAUCAGACUCUGAGAUUGGAGAUGCAUUGGACUGGUUGGAUGCGAAGGAAGAUCGAGAAACAGUCGAUGGGACUUUUUCACUCAAUGCUAGGCGUCCUAAUGCCCAUGGUGGGCUUUAUUCUCGUCAUAAUUCCUCAACUCUUCAACCUCUCUCAAAUCGGAACCAAAAGUUUACCAAUCACAUUAGAGCUUCACCUCUUGCGGAAUGGGAAGGGAGGUUUAAUGUGGGAAUGUCAAAUUCUGUUACCACUGCCAUUCGUGACAGUGUCAAGGAAAUGGCUAUAGGAAAGACGAAAACUACAGAGAAAGCUGAUCGUGCAACUGUUGAACAGGCAAUUGAUCCUAGAACUCGAAUGGUUUUAUUCAAGAUGCUCAACCGAGGUGUUUUUCAUGACAUUAAUGGCUGCAUUUCUACUGGAAAAGAAGCUAAUGUUUAUCACGCAACGAAAUCCGAUGGUCAAGAAUUUGCUAUCAAAAUCUACAAAACUUCAGUUUUGGUGUUUAAGGACAGGGAUCGCUAUGUCCAAGGUGACUACCGUUUCAGACACGGAUAUUGCAGGCAUAAUCCAAGGAAAAUGGUCAAGACAUGGGCUGAGAAGGAAAUGAGGAAUUUGAUGAGGUUAAAAGCUGCUGGAAUUAGAUGUCCUACUCCUCUUCUCUUGAGAAUGCAUGUGCUGGUCAUGGAGUUCAUUGGCAAGACAGGUUGGGCUGCACCACGUCUUAAGGAUGCUGCCUUGUCCUUGAACAGGCUACGUGAAAGUUAUUUGGAGAUAAUCAUCACGAUGCGAACCCUCUACCAGAAGUGCAAGUUAGUCCAUGGAGAUCUUAGUGAAUAUAACAUACUUUAUUUUGAGGGUCAUCUUUAUAUUAUAGAUGUUUCUCAAUCAGUUGAUCUCGACCACCCUCAUGCCCUCGAUUUCCUUCGUGAAGAUUGUCUUCAUGUUUCUGAUUUCUUUAAAAAACAUGGUGUAGCGGUAAUGACAAUACGAGAACUGUUUGAUUUUAUAGUUGAUCCAUGCCUCACUGAUGAGACGAUGGAUAAUUAUCUAGAAGAGAUGCAAGAGAAAAUCUCGGCUAGAGGUGAUAUAUCUGUUGAGGAUGAAAUUGCAGAUUCUGUAUUUGUUCAGUCAUAUAUUCCGAAGACACUGGAUAGUGUCAAACAUGCCGAGGAGGAUGUAAUACGUUUAACAAGUGGUCAGGACACUGAAGAUAUGUACUAUAAGACCAUUACAGGCUUAAAACAGGCCCUUCCAAUGGCUCAACCUACGUCAGAUCUAAAAGAUGAGGAAGAACACAAUGCAGACAUGAUCAAACCAUCCGAAAGUAUAACUGGCUUGUCGAACUCUUGCGAGAAAGCGACCGAAUCAACAUCAGAGGAAGAUGAAGAGAGCUCGAAUGAGUCAGAAGGAGAACCGGGUUCUUCAACCGAGACUACGCAGACACCAGUUGAUAGAAAAGCUGCGAGAAAAGAGAACAAAAAGAAGGUGAAGGAAGAGAAGAGAGAGGCUCGGAAGAACAAGGUCCCAAAGGCUGUAAAGAAACGAAAGAAGAAGUUGGCAAAGUCCCAUAAGUAAGUAGGGUGAAAAUUGGAUUCCUUAGUUUAUUGUUAAUUUAUCUUCCGUUUUUCAUUUGAUUUAACAAAGGGUACAAAUGAAAAUGGAGAUAAUACGAUUUUGUUUUCCGAUUUAUGAGAAUUAGGAUUUUUAGUUUCAAACAGGGAGAAACAUAUUGUACUUUCUCAUCUUUACUACAUGAAAGAAUGGUGAAAGUGGUUUAUAAAGUAAAAGGAAUUUUUACUAUUGUGGAAUAUUCUUAUUAUUCAAUAAAUACUACUUACAUUGGACAAAAA